CCCUCUGGAAGUAUCUCCUCUGAGUCUAUCUGGAAGUAUCUCCUUUGAGUUUAUCUACACCAAAUUUAAAGGAAAAAGCAGACAAAACAAAAGUCUGUAAACUUUUCUCAGUGUGAUUUUCAUUUUCAGAUUUUGAUCAGUUUCUCAUCUCAGCUGCUCUUUCCAUCCUCUUCAUUUUGAAGUUGAGUCACAUGGAUUUAAAUCUUCUUUCUUAAAGGGGAGGACUGACAGGAGCGGAACAGAAUCACCCAGAUGUGUGUGACCCGCAGCAGAUCUCCUUGAAGAGGCUGCGUGCGUGCCUGCGUGCGUGCGGGCACCUGUUAGCUGCGCGCAGACAGUCGGUGGGAGCCCGCGGCGCUAAGUGGAUGUGGCUGCUCUGAUUGCACUCCAUGGGAAAGCGAGAAGAAAUAGCCCACCUCUGAUCAUCAGCGCGUCAUAUAAUGUUUCAGCGGACGCCCCUCCCCCUGUCUCGUUUUUUUUUUUUUCUCCCCCUCAGUCAACCUCUCCUUUGACUCACACGGGCGGCUCACCACUGGCGCACGGAGCGUGCGGGAGGAGGAUACCCAGCCGAAAGGAUGGUUGACUUAUCCGCGCACCGCAAGCCCUGGGCGGCAUCACGAGCGUCACGCGGGCCGCUGAGAAGCUGCAAGACCCCCGCCGUCUGGCGACUGUAAACAGCUGCCGCCUCCACCCCCCUCCACCCCUCCACCCCCUCCACUGCAAAUAUUCACAGAAGUAUCCCAGAGAAAACAUGGCAGAGAUGGAAAAAGAGGGCAGACCUCCGGAAAAUAAAAGAAGCCGCAAACCAGCCCACCCGGUGAAAAGGGAAAUCAAUGAGGAGAUGAAGAGUUUUGCAGAAAACACCAUGAACGAGUUGCUGGGCUGGUACGGCUACGACAAGGUGGAGCUGAGAGACUCGGACAACCUGGACAUAGGAGAGACGCCACAACACAUCUCCGUCCUCAAAGAAAACUCGUUGCCAAAAAUCCCAGCUUCAGCGGAGAACACCGAAGGCUCUCCUGAUCGAGCCAACAGCUCCGUGUCGUUGCCAGCCUCCAGAAACGGAGGCCCCGAGCCCUCCACCACGGCGUCCACCUCCACGCCCGGCUCAAAGGAGCAUGGCAGCCUGCCAGUCAUGGUCCCGAUGAUUCCCCCACCGCUGAUCAAACCCCCAGCAGAUGAAGAUGCAUCGAAUGUGCAGAUUAUGUGCGCCUGGUGCCAGAAGGUCGGCAACAAGCGCUACUCUCUGAGCAUGGGGAGUGAGCUGAAGAGCUUCUGCAGCGAGAAAUGCUUCGCCGCCUGCCGCAGAGCCUAUUUCAAGAGGAAUAAGCUUGGAAAUAUAAGGAAUUGUGCCGCAAGAUACGACGAUGGCCUCGGAGGGAGAAUACUCCAGCACAGCUUUACUCAGGACAGACCCAGGCUUGUCUUCAAGACAAACAGCGACAUGCUUGUGUGCGACUGGUGCAAACACAUUCGUCACACUAAGGAGUACCUGGACUUUGGCGCUGGGGAGCGGAGGCUGCAGUUCUGCAGUGCCAAAUGCCUCAACCAAUACAAAAUGGACAUUUUCUAUAAGGAGACGCAGGCUGCCCUGCCAGGAGCGCUGUGUAACCCUGCGCAUGCAGCAGGGGGGGAUAGUAAGCCGGACUGUGGCGGAGGAGUUCAACUGCUCACUCCUGAAUCUUGGGGAGCACCAUUGACUGACCUACGGCGUAAACCUCCCUCACCUGGGGGGCCUUCUAGUAUCUCAGCUUUGGGUCCUUCUACUUCCUCUGCCCCCUCACCUCCGGACACCGGUGGUGUUUGCUCUCCUUCGUCCUCCACUUCAGCCAAAAUUCCCACACCCAGACCCCAUGAGAGCUCUGCACUUGUCCCUCCACCUGUUCCUAAUUUGCAUCCACCAGUCGGGGUUCCUUCUGGUAGCCCACCCAUGGUGAUGACACCCAGAGGCCCCAUGCCUCUCCCUCUCUUCAUGGAGCAUCAAAUGAUGCAGCAGAUCCGCCCACCCUUUCUCCGCCCCUCUUCACACCCUGGAGGCCCAAAUAGCCCACUGUCAAACCCCAUUAUCCCUGGUAUUGGUCCUCCCCCACCCCCACACAGCUUUGGUCCAACAUCAAGCUCUAUGCAUAGGCCUCUGCUGUCUCCACAUGUCCACCCCUCAUCCAGUGCCAAUCCUGGUAUGAUCCCUCCACACCCUGGUCUCCCCAUGACGGGGUUGCCUCCUUUCCCCCCAGUAAACAUGAUGCCCAAUGGACCUAUCCCUUUGCCCCCAGUAAUGAACUUUGGCAUGCCAUCCUUGGCUCCAUUGGUACCUCCUCCAACUCUCUUAGUCCCAUACCCAGUAAUUGUACCUCUUCCAGUCCCAAUUCCUAUUCCAAUCCCAAUUCCAUUCAACUCCAAAACUUCAAAGGACCAACCAGAGAACAUCAGCUCAGUCAACAGGGCUCCUGAGUGCUCUGAAGCCUCCAGGUCACAAUCUCCGGGGUCCUCUGGAGGUAGCAGAGGGGAACAGAAAACAAAACUAGCUGGUGGUGAGCAUGUGUCUCCUUUGUCAGAGAGAGCUAGAACAACACUAAUGGACUUUGUUGUGAAGGCAGAAGACAGUUCAGGAAAUAUUGGUCUAACCGGUGGCCCCGGAUUGACAGAUGAAGUCAUUGACCUAACCAUGGGCCAAAGGCCAUGCCAACAGCAGGUAAUUCAAAGGAUGCCAUUUGGGGUUUGUGUCAAAGUAGAAGGAGAGACAGAUUCUAAAUCUCCACCGGCCGUUGGCUCUGAGGGCAAUGGGAGGGAUGAGGAAAAGGCUUUGGAAGGGGAGGGAUCAAAACACAAAAUCACACUGGAAUCACCAGCACCUCCUUCCAGAAACAAUACACCUUUCAGCAAAGCUGAUCCUCCAGCGAGCCAGCUCAAUUCCUGUAUGCCCAAUCUCACCUCUCCACCUCUACCCUCCUCUGUACGGACCCAGUCCCUAGCCUUGCCACAGCUCCCUGUAAGCUCUACUGCAACAUGCAAUGUGAUAGUUAAUGGUACCGGAUGGCAUUCCCUUGUCAAUCCAGCCUUUGAGUCUUGCCCAGACCGAAAAAGAGACAGGGUUGGAGGAGAAAAGGCAGAAAGUGAUCGGGCAGCCAAUGGUGAUCUGGAGUACGAGGCACUCAAAGAGAACAACUGCUCGGUUGGUGAAUGGGAGAUGGGAAAACGGGUUUCAGCACAAGAAGAGAAAGUAGAUACUGUGGAGGGCAAGCCAGAUCCUGACACCAGCAUGGAGGAAGGCGAGCAUGCCUAUGCCCUGCCUCUGCUGUCAGCUGGAGGCUGUGUGGUCAUCCAGCCUGUGCCAAAGCCCUCUGCUGAAAAGACUGCCAUCCUGUCCUGCUCCAUCAGCACUCCCCUGUCAGCAGCCGGGAGCCCGGAGCUGGAGCCACCACUGAAGAGGAGGUGUCUGCGUAUCCGCAAUCAAAACAAAUAAGUUGGAUGUUUCGAGGACCGCAGUGCCAUCAACUCACAGCUAUCAGAAUCCUAUCACUCUGGACUUCAACACAUGUGCACGCACUUUUCGUCCUCACUUAUGGUACCGUACGUCUGCCAGCACCACAAACCGCCUUCAACAACAGAUGGGAGUUUGCAUGAUGCUGUGUGUCAGCGCAGAGGGAGGGGAUUCCCAUCCUGUGACAGAUUCUUCAAUGGAUUACAUUUUCACAAGCUGGGCAACCGAGUGGAAAGGAGAACUUAACUUCUGAACAGCAGAGCACAGUCCUGCAACUGGAGGAAAAGAUUUGCCCCACACGACUCCCCAUAGGUUUAUUCACCUCAUAUCCUUCCAGAACAGCACUGUGUAUUUUUGGGGAUUUUUAUCAACUAUGAAACACCCAGUAGUGUAAAAUUUUACAGGUAGUUGAUUGGAAAUGUGUGAUUGAGCUAUAAAGCGAUUUUUGGGAAACAAAUGAAACACACUUGGUCUCAAAAUCACUUUCAGUUUUUCAAGAAAAGUAAAAAGCUUGCAAACUGGAUGUAAUUCACCAGCAACAACUAGAAUCAUGCCGCUUCUUCAGUCUGGUUUUGCAUAUUGGAGUUAGCUGAACUUUGUUGCACAGUGAAGAAACAGAGUUGUCAGGAUAAUCAUUCCAAUCAGCAGCAUUUGCAGAAAAACCUGAGGAGCUGGGGUGGAUGAUGGUGUGGAUCUUCUGCCAACGUUCGUUCUCCCUUCUCCAGGCUGGUCCUUGAUCUUUUCAGUAAUACAUUAGCAGUGUUGUUUCAGUCAUGGGUUUGUUUGACACUGACUAUGUUGCCUUUAGAAACCGCUGAGGGAACUGAGACAUAAUUUCAAAACACCAAAUGUUAAGUGAAGUUUUCAAUUUCUCAUUUUCCAGAAAUCAUUCCAAAUUACUUGAAAUUUUCUGCCAGUUUUAUUUAUACAGUUUUCACAGCCAUUAGUGAUAGAUUGUGUGUUUUAAGUAUUAAUAAUACAUUUAAAAUAGAAUUGUGAAAAUCAUUUAUUUCUACACAUUUACCUAUAAUGCCAUUCAAUUAUCGUAUUUUUCGCACUGUCAAUGAAUGCUCUAUUUUUGAACUUAUGUCAUACAUAAGUCGCACCGAACUGUAAGGCACAUUAAGCUAGACAAAAGAGUCACAGAGAAGUCCAUCAGUCAGUAAUUACAUAAAUGCAUUCACAAUAAUGCUAGAUCUUGUUAGUGACAUGCUACACGUGAGCUACAUUAGCUACGUUAGCAUAUUCACAAUACCUAUAAUUCACAACACGUAAAAAAACAAGCUCAUACCGCUACAACAAAUAUUACUGGGACAACGCUAACCCCUAACUGUGUUAGUAAGAUGUAAAUAGAACACAGUCAGACACCACAACAUGUUAGCCAUGUUAGCAUUUUUACAACCAACCUUGUUUGAUUAUAGGGCUUAGUGACAUUUUUUUUUUUGUAAUUAAGGCUUUUAAGCGCGCUUUAUAGUGUCAAAAAUAUGAUAAAUGAAAUUCCGUCCUUUUCUUGAUGUUGAAGUUUGAACAAUAAAAUAUGACAUCUUACGGUUCCUGUCAUCAACCAAAACCAAGUCAACAAUUACAUAAUAUUUUUGUGAAAAAAACAAUACUUUUUGUGAUUUAAUAACCUAAUAACUGGAAUUUCCCUUGGCCACAUCAUUUGCCAAAUUUUAAUGGGUCCAUGCAUGCUUGAAACCAUUUAUUGUUUCUGUGUUUUACCAAGUUAAAAUUGGUUAGUUUUACAGGGUGACUUCUUCUAUCAAUGAAAAAAACAAACCACACAUGAGACACGGUCAAAAUCAAUAAUCCUAGAAAGGAAGUCUGAACUCAGAGGUUCAUAUAAAAAAGUAACAUAAAAAGCUGAACUGGCACCAAAACACACAAUUAAAGUCUUCACACGAGGCCCAAACCCAUAUUGACAAGUACAAAGAAGUAUAAAUAAAAAGAUUACAAAACACUGAGAUUGAACAAGUCAGUACAUUUACUUUGAUGAGAACAUGUGGGAUUUAAAGUAAGAAGGAAAUCUUUGAAAAUUACUAAAAUGUCAGACAGCAUUUUGCUGAAAUUUAAGCGACUAUUGCCAAAAGGAUGAUGCUUUGUAAAGUUUCUGUCCACACCCUUUAUUAUAUUAAAGAGCGUUUUAAUAGCAGACCGUAACUCCUGCUAACACACUUAAAUAACGGCUUGAAGUUUUCCUCAAUUGGUCCAUAGGCUGCCUCUGUCCAGUGGCCCAAAACAAACAAAAAUUAAUGUCAAAGGUUGUCUAUCUAAUUUGAACACUUGGUGUUGAUUUUAUUAUGUCUUGCUAAGUUAAGCUUUUAAAGAAAGAAUGUUUUUUUUCUUAGUUUUACAUAUUCUGUUCAAUCUGAUCAAUUAUCCUGUAAAUCCACACUGUCAAACCAACCUCUAAAUUUGAGUCCAAGGAUGGAGAUGCCAAAGACUUACCUUAUUUUUGGUGAAAUUGAAUUUGAUGAUGAUUAUAUUUUAUUUGAACAUAUACUUUAAAAGCAAAGAUAGAACAUGAUAAAAAAACAAGAAAUAUUCAAAAGGGAAAGAGAAGUAAAAGGCUUAAAAUUUCUCAACCCCCUUACCCUAGACCAGGGUGUCCAAAGUCAGCCCAUGAGAGUCGGCCUCCACCUAGUUUUUGAAAAAUCCUGCCUUAUCUGCUUACCUUGAUCAGGUGUGUUUAGCCAAUGAGAAGCUUCAAUGGCAGGCUGGUUGGAAAACAUGUAAGACACUGGUCCUCGAGGUCUGACUUUGGACACCCCUGCCCUAGACCAAAUGUAUUACUACACCCAUUGCAGCCACUAUCUAUUACAGUCCUGCUCCCACCCUGAUGAGUACACAUUCAGUUUCCGAAUCCCAUAUACACACAUAUUAGAAAAAUCCACACACGGAAACAUCCGACACACUCUUGUCAUGUAUUUAUACUAAUUUCAGACUCAGUGGUGGACCAGGGAUAAAUGGCUGCCAAAAUAUCAACCAGUUAUGUAAUGUGUUUGAAAAUAAGGAUGUGGAAUGCUGUAUAAUGUUUUAAAAUGAUUUACUCUGAUUUUCUACUCUGAGGAGAAGUACUUCAGACAUGAGUAGCAACUUUACAAUCCCACUCUAACUUCUAGUUUGUUCUGUGGACACCGUGAAACAUUCAGUGAUUGCUUGCUUAGGCAGUUAUUCACAAAUAACAAGGCUCACUUCACCCUCAGUCAGUCAAUGUUAUGUGGAGUCUGUGUUGAGGCAGGUGCAAGCAGAGAGCCCAGCUGAGAUAACACAGUGUUGACUCAGAAUAAGUUGUGUGCAACACAAUCUGCUGCCUCUAAGUCACGCGUUUAGGCUCAGCGUGCCUCUUGCCAAGGUUUGGUUUCUCUGUCAAAGUGAUGUUCCCGCAAACAAAAGAGAUGAAAAUGCAGUUUUUAUCUCGUUUGAAAAAAGAAUUUCUAUGAUGCUUUUUGGACAUUCAUAUGUGAAGUAUUUCCAUUUGUUUGUUUUUAUUUUCCUGUCAUAGAAAUGUGAUCUGAUCUGAAAUUCUAUUCCCAGAGUGUAAAACGAUGCUAUUAUGUUUGGCACCACACAAAAACCUCCCUUUUGGUUUUAGAUUUAAAUGUUACACAUCAACAGCAGCAGUGUCCGUGAUUACUUGAGGAAAGCAGGACAAAGACACAAUAAAAUGUAUAAGACUUAUUAAAAUAAAACUUAAUUAAGGCUAUGGUCACAUAUACCAAAAUCCCACUGUGUGACGAUUUAAAUGCAAGUUUUUCAGCAAGUUUGGAGGGUGGCCACAUGGUGUGGUUUUAGGGUUUUAAGUAAAAGUUAAAAUUCUGGUGACCAGACGAUUUUUCUCUAAAAGUUGACAAUGGUCAGUAGCCGAGGUCGCGCAGUGGCAGGCGGGGUUGACGCCAUUACAAUAUCUAGCGUCAGCUGGGCAGCCUACAAAUCGGUGGUAGCUGGAUUGCCUGCCUGGACGGUGUGCAUUGGUCUCCAGACGGGAAUCAAGUGCAUAUCAAGUGCCAAUGGCUGCCAAUGCCCUGUAGCCCAGGGGUAUAUAAAAACCGGCCCAUUCUGCAUACCUGAUGGUUGCCUGACUGCCAUCGUCUACAUUUAUGACCACACCAACAAUUUCCAAAACAAAAAUUGGGCAGUGGUAAAUUUUGAAGAUUCUGCCGAUGCCUCCCAUCACACAAUGGCAGUUGUAUUUGCGACCAUAGCCUAACCAAUCAGUUGGGCAUCAGGUUAAAGAUGGUUAUAUUGUUUUAGUGCACUGUAACAUCUCAUAGAGAUUCCAAACCCCUGUAGCACCUUGAGACUCCUAUUUAACCCUUGUGCUAUUCUAGGUAUAUUGACGUUGGAAGUGGGGUCAUCUUAAGACAGCGCACUUUUUUCCCCCAAUGAUUUCUUAAUUUCACUGGUGUCCGUGGCAGACAUGAAAUCUUGUCCACCUUCAUCCAUAUUUGUCUUGGGAUGAAUAACAAGUCAGUGUAAGGCUUUGGUCAUCUGGACCCCAUAAGAUAGCACAAGGGUUAAAAACAGUAAAUUUCUUCUCUGUUUUAUUACGCAUUUCUCUAUUUUACCAUUUAAUUGAAAAUUGUUCUUUUUUUUAUAGAUUUUCUCCUAAAAAGCCAAAUGAUUGCAAUUACAUUCAACAUUUCCCUCACUAAAAUUAAAAUAGCAGCAAAGAUACAGUUUUGUUCCGUUCUUUCAUGUAGCACAUGCUGGUGAUGAUUUUUUUUCUAUUUUAAUGUUAUUGCUUUCACAGAUUUUUUUAUAACACAAACCUUUUUCUGCUACGGUUUUGUUAAUUAUUGUAGUUUUAUAAAUAAAAACAAAAGUUUGGGAUAUGAUGUUGUUGAAGGUAAAACAGGCGUACAACUCUGACCAUUGUCCUUUCUUGCUAGCAGAAACAGAACAAAGUGUUUCUCAGCCACACCAGGACAAAAACUAUGAAUGCACAAAAUAUAUGUUAAAAAGAUCUAGAAAUUUCAAAUGUUGUUUGGUUAUUUAUUUAUAUGUAUGUAUGUGCUUUUUGUGCUUUUGUUUUUCUUUGCUUCGACUAGCUCUUUUUUUUUAGCUAGGUUUAGCUUAAAAACCAGAGAGCUAAAAAAGAGUUAGCUUGUCAAAAUUUAAAUAAAGUACACAACACUACAAAAAUGUAUCAACAAAUAGCCAACAGAUUUUGACAACAGCCUUGUUACAAGUCAUCAUCACAACUCUUCGCACUUACUUAAAGAACCGUGCCCAGAUUUUAAAGUUUGUAAUCUGAAUUUUAGUUGAAAGAAAUGCUGUUCAUGCCUGAUGAAAAAUCAAAAGACAUGGAGGUCUGCAACUGCUGGACUGCUGAUAUUUGUGUGAAAACAACCCGACUGUGACAAGCUUCAAGCCUUCGUUCAGGGGAGAUAAUAGACUACAACAGCCUGGAUUAUGCAAAUGACAAGAAACUCCACUUUGAUUGGUACUAAGUGGUCUAGAGACGCAGUUUCGUGAUGGGACUUUUUCGGAAACAACAAAGAAGUUGCCUUAACUUUUGCUUGUAUAAUCUCCACAAAUAAGAUAUUGUAAAGACAACUCCCCUGUCUUUUUGGAAAAAGAAAUAUACCAGAAACAAAAACUUUGUUAUCUUGCUAGUGUCAAUGUAUAGAUGAUCAGCUUUUUCUGUAAAUUGUAUGGACUGACAUGUUCUUGGCUGAGAGGAAUGACCUCCUCCCAACCCUCAUCUGUUGAAACCUUUUAAGUCGUGGUGGACCGUCCUUCUCUUUGUGUACAUUUUUCUAGCAUUAUUUAUUGUCUACAACUUUUGCAUUUGCAAAUGCGAAGAAAAGUGAAGGUGGAUUGAACUUUAAAAUGCUUCUUUUUUUUCUUUUUCUUUUCUUUUUUUUAUACUAAAAAUGGAGAAAACGUUGGAAUGUAGAGGACUUUUUUAAAUAUGAAGUUGUAACAUGUACAUAACAUGUGGCCAAAUUUGCUUUGGAAAAUGUUCAGAUUUUGUGUUGUAACAGUAUUUGUUUUAUUCAGUGAGUUGUCCAUGAAGACAAAUAAAGAAGAGGCACACACCA